CCUCUCUGCUCACUGCUCAGUUGAGACUUUUCUCCCUGGAGGGGGAAUUAUUUUUUUUUUUUCCUGCUCAGCAGCACGGGCAAGGAUGGAUGCUGGACUGGCCGGGGUGCUGGUCACCCUCCUCUCUAUCCUGUGUUUCCUGUUCUGGAGAAGCAACAUGAAGAGAAGCCAGCUGCCUCCUGGACCAACCCCAUGUCCCAUUUUGGGCAACCUAUGGCAAAAGGACGUCCUGCCCCUCUACAAGAACUACCAGAAGCUCAGCAGCAGGUACGGCCCCAUCUUCACUGUCUGGCUGGGGCCAAAGCCGGUGGUGGUGCUCUGCGGGUACGAGGCGGUGAAGGAUGCUCUGCUGGGCCACUCCGAGGAGUUUGGAGGGAGACCUGAAAUACCGCUUCUGACGGAGCUGUCAAAUGAUUAUGGUAUUGUCUCCAACAACGAGAAGAAGUGGCGGGAGCUGCGAAGGUUCACGCUCAGCACCCUGCGGGACUUUGGGAUGGGGAAGAGCUCCAUGUCGCAGCGGGUGCAGGAGGAAGCCCAGCACCUGGUGGAACGGCUGGCAAAACUGGAAGGCAAUGCCUUUGAGCCGAUGACAAUGUUCAGACAUGCAGUUUCCAACGUGAUCUGCUCCGUUGUUUUUGGGAGCCGUUACAGCUACAGCGACACGGCCUUUCUGGAGCUACUGGACAUGAUCGGGAAUUACAUCAGCUUCUUCGUCUCCCCCGUCGCCAUGGUCUACAACACCUUCCCCAGCAUCAUGCUCCGCCUCCCGGGGCCGCACAAGAAAUCCCUGGCUGAGUGCGAGAAGCUGAAGGACUACAUCCGAGAAAGAGUCGAGCUUCACAAGCAGACGCUGGACCCCAGCUGCCCCCGAGACUACAUCGACUGCUUCCUUACGAGAGGGGAGAAGGACAAGCUCAGCCCAGAGAACAUGUACAGCGACGAAGACCUGGUCAUGUCAGUAUUCGACCUGUUUGGUGCUGGGACAGUGACUACUAGCAACACCCUGGUCUUCUUCCUCCUAAUCCUGGCAAAACACCCCCAUAUUCAAGCCAAGGUCCAAGAGGAGAUCAAGGCAGUGGUGGGCGCCGGCCGCGCCCCCAGCACGGAGGACAGGCUGAGGAUGCCCUACACCAACGCGGUGGUCCACGAGCUGCAGCGCUACCACAAUAACCGCACUGAGAACUUCCCGCGGAUGACCACGCAGGACAUCGUGUUCAAGGGCCACACCAUCCCCAAGGACACAGUUGUUAUUCCCGUACUUUCCUCCGUGCAUACGGAUCCAACCCAGUGGGAGAACCCCAACGAAUUCAACCCAGGCCACUUCUUGGAUGGGAACGGCGAGUUCAGGAAGCGCGAAGCCUUCAUGCCUUUCUCGGCAGGGAAGCGGAUGUGCCCUGGAGAGGCCCUGGCCCGCAUGGAGCUCUUCCUCUUCCUCACCAACCUGCUCCAGAGCUUCACCUUCCAGCUCGAUGGCGACUACGAGGAGACGGAUUUAUCCUCCCUAUGGUUCAAGAUAGAGGCAAGGGCGAUACCGGGCAAGUUCCUUGCUAUUCGGCGCCCGGCGUCCCCUUAGGCAGAGAGCGUUGGGGGGAAGGAAGGGGUCUUCCAGUUGCCUUCACAUCUUCUGAAACCAGAGCAAGCCACACAACCAUGAACGCUGCCGCAGCAGCCACCGCGCAGGAGGAUCGCUUCGGAAUUUUCCUGGGAGAACUGCCAGGCACCUCUGCCACCAGCUCUGCAGGCGUCGUGGCUCCCAACCCUUCCCCUCUGAAUCCCAGCAACACCAGGAAGUCAGCACUGGAUUUUCCUCCACUGUGUUAUCGGCUCUGGUUGGAGCUCCAGCUCCUCGGGGCAGGGCUGCCUGCGGCUCCCCGGGCUGCACUGGGCACUCCCUUGUUUUGGGGAGAGGUUAAGAGUGCUUCUGCAAUAAAAAUAACCAU